UCCCCGCGGCGGUGGGGCGCGCGAGCCGGCGGUGCGGGCGGAGCGCGGGAGUGGAGAGGCGCUCUGGAGCCGGCCGAGGCGGAGGCUGCCGUGCGGCCCGAGGCGCCCGAGGACGUUGAGGACGAAGAGGAGGCGCUACCGCACUCCGAGGCGGUGGACGUGUUCCAGGAGGGUCUCGCCAUGGUCGUGCAGGACCCGCUGCUCUGCGAUCUACCGAUCCAGGUGACUUUGGAAGAGGUCAAUUCCCAAAUAGCACUAGAAUAUGGCCAAGCAAUGACAGUCCGAGUGUGCAAGAUGGAUGGAGAAAUAAUGCCUGUGGUUGUGGUACAGAACGCCACAGUCCUGGAUCUGAAGAAGGCCAUUCAGAGAUACGUGCAGCUCAGGCAGGAGCGUGAAGGGGGCAUUCAGCACAUCAGCUGGUCCUAUGUGUGGAGGACCUACUACCUGACCUCCGCAGGAGAGAAGCUCACAGAAGACAGGAAGAAGCUUCGAGAUUACGGUAUCCGGAAUCGGGAUGAGGUGUCCUUCAUCAAAAAGCUGAGGCAAAAAUGAACCUCCAGACAAGGACAGCUCUGUGCUGGUGGCCUGUACCCAGCUGGGACACAGCUGAGCCCUAGGUCCAAACAACCGAAUGAUGUGGCAAAUGGGCCUGGCCCUGUGUACAAAAUAAAUCUACUUGCUUCUUAGUUUGAAAAGUCAGAAAACCACAGUACCUGGGGCAGGAGGGACUGCUGCUGCCCAGUCACAGAGGGGAGGCAAGGGCAGAAAACGGUGCAGGUGAAUCCAAAGGUCUAAGAUGCUUCAUUUGAGCCCCAUGCCCACACCAUCCGCUGGCCAUAAGACCCUUUUACUGUGGUUUCUACGGCAAGGGGAAAUAAAAGCAGAUGGCUGGCUUUCAGUGUGUG